ACGAUUGUGAUCAGUUGUGUAUCUACGGACACACAGAAAGCACACAUAAUCGCAAUGUUAAACGACAUAGUGGAUUUUUUAAGCCAAUCCCCAGCCGAUCCUGUGCGUCUGCCACUCCUGAGCAGCCACAAAACCAUCCUGAUGAUAUUGGGCACCUAUCUGCUCUUUGUAAAGGUGGUGGGUCCCAAGAUCAUGAAGAGUCGAAAGCCCUUCGAUCUGAGGGGACCGAUAAAGGUCUACAACAUCAUGCAGAUCCUGUACAACGUGGUCAUGUUUGUUUUCGCCAUCCACUUUAUGCUCGGGCCUGGAGACUAUAACUUUAGAUGUAUCAGCAACCUGCCACCAGAUCACGAUUACAAGACUUGGGAACGCUGGCUCACCUACUCGUACUUCUUCAAUAAGUUGCUGGAUCUGCUGGAGACUAUCUUCUUUGUCCUGCGAAAGAAGGAUCGGCAAAUAUCCUUCUUGCACGUCUUCCACCACAUGUACAUGCUGUACUUCAGCUUCAUGUAUCUGUACUACUAUGGAUACGGGGGCCAUGGCUUCUUCAUGUGCUUCUUUAACGUGAUCGUGCACAUCAUGAUGUACUCCUACUACUACCAGUCCUCCCGCAGAUCGAAUUCACGGGACGAUCUCUGGUGGAAGAAGUACAUCACCAUCGUUCAGCUAAUCCAGUUCGGAAUCAUUGUGGGGCACAGCAUAUAUACCCUGAAACAGCCUGACUGUCCCGCAGCCCGGUUUUCAGCCUAUUGUGCUGGAACCAUCUCAGUUGUGUUUAUUAUUUUAUUUAGUAACUUCUAUUAUCAGGCCUAUAUCAAACCCAAGAAGCCCUUAGAAAAGGCGAUUUAAAUAAAAAACCGAACCGAAUUUAGAUCUCUGUAGAGAUUAUAAUCAUGAUAUAAGACUUUAAUAAAGAAUUAAGAAUAUA